AAAGAGAGGAGAGAGAGAGAGGACAGCUGGGAAAAAGGAGGAGAAGGAGAGAAGAGGAGAGAGAGCUCUUUCGCUUCCGAGAAUUGUCUUUUGCUUUUUUCCUUUCCCUUGUGCUAAAUUCUCCUACCGACUUCCAUUUCAAUUUUCUUGAGAAAAUUCCUCAUUUUUUUUCUCGGGAAAAUCUCCUAGCGACUUUCAAUUUUUCCCCCGUUUCUCUCUCCCGGCCCAUCUCUGUUUCUGGAUUAGAUUCUCCGCGGGUGAAACCUAUUGCCUGAGCUUCUCGGAUUGCGAUGCAGCUUCCAAUCUAGAAUAUGGGACAUUCAUGCUCAAGAGUUUGCGGUGGAUUCGCUUCCUUUCUCUGAAGAUUAAGGGCCAAGAGACAGUGGAAAUCUUGCCUCUGCAUUGGACUAAGAUGUCAGGCCUUGAAGGUUUUGGAGCUCUUGAUGAAAUCCGAGAGAGAAGAUCAGAUUUUGAGAAUUCUGAAGAGGAGAGACGACGCUCAAGAAUUUGCAACCUCAAGAAGAAGGCGAUAAAUGCUUCAAGUAAGUUUACCCAUUCUCUUAAAAAAAGAGGAAAAAGGAAAAUUGAUUACCGGGUUCCAGCAGUUUCCAUAGAAGAUGUACGGGAUGCGAAAGAGGAGAGUGUUGUCCAAGAGUUUCGUCAAAGACUCCUUGACGUGGACUUGUUGCCAGCAAGGCAUGAUGACUACCAUACUUUGUUGAGAUUUUUGAAAGCUAGAGACCUUAACAUUGAAAAAACACUCCAGUUAUGGGAAGAAAUGCUUAAAUGGAGAAAAGAAUUUGGAACAGACACCAUUUUGGAGGAUUUUGAAUUUGAAGAGCUUGAUGAAGUAUUGCAAUUUUACCCUCAAGGAUAUCAUGGGGUUGAUAAAGAAGGCAGACCCGUUUACAUUGAGAGACUGGGAAAAGCUCAUCCAAGUAGGUUAAUGCAAAUCACCAGUAUAGAGCGAUACUUAAAGUACCAUGUCCAAGAGUUUGAGAGAGCUCUGCAGGAGAAAUUCCCUGCUUGUUCAAUUGCGGCAAAGAGGCAGAUAUGUUCAACAACAACUAUACUGGAUGUACAAGGCUUGGGCAUGAAAAAUUUCACUAGAACUGCUGCCAAUCUCUUGUCUGCCAUGUCAAAGAUAGACACCAAUUACUACCCCGAGACACUACACCGAAUGUACAUUGUCAAUGCUGGUCCUGGAUUUAAGAAGAUGCUUUGGCCAGCUGCACAGAAAUUUCUUGAUGUAAAGACUAUUGCAAAGAUACAGGUUUUGGAUCCCAAAUCGUUGUCUAAACUACUGGAAGUCAUUGAUUCAAGUCAGUUACCAGACUUCCUAGGCGGAUCAUGUACAUGUUCAGCUGAAGGAGGCUGCCUUAGGUCUAAUAAAGGUCCAUGGAAUGACAUCGAGAUAAUGAAGCUUCUGCAUGCUGCCGAAGCAACAUUUGUCAGGCAAAUUUCUAGAGUGUCUGGUGAUCAGGAGAAAUUUGACUCAUAUAUUCAAAUAUAUCCACUGAAGGGUAGAACAAGCGAUACAUCAGUUGUAGAAUCAGGAUCGGAUAUCGACGAUCCUUGUUCUUCACUAGGACGAAGGAGUUCUGCAUUUCCUCCUUUGGAUUCAGUUGAUGAAGACGCAUCAGAUCCAAAUGCUUACUACAGCUGUGAUGAUCUUCCUCUGGUUGAGAAAGCCGGAACAAGUGAUCAAGGAGUACGACGUCAUCAGGAUCAUAAUGUUUCUCUUGAAGCAACAUCAAAUUCCGAAGGUAGUUCAGUUAACCUUAGGUUUGACGCAACUAAGGACAAAAUUGAGAAGACGGACUUCACUCGUACGGCAAAAAAGCUGGUAUCUUUCCUGGUCAGACUAAUACCAUUUUCUCGUAUUCUACAAUUUGAAUUUUGGAGAAAGCAGAACAACAUUUACCCAUCAAAUUUGGUGGAAAGCAACACAAAUAGUCAUUUACCAUCCCCUGAAGUUGUGAGUCAAGAAGACUAUGUCCAGCCAUGUUUACAGCGUCUUCAGCAACUAGAAAAAGUAUGUGAGGAACUUAACAACAAGCCUGCUUCAAUUCCUUUAGAAAAGGAGCGAAUGCUGAUGGACUCGUUGGAAAGGAUCAAGUCUGUUGAAUAUGAUCUCGAGCAAACGAAAAGGGUGCUGCAUGCUGCAGCGGUAAAGCAACUAGAGAUUGCUAGGUUGUUGGAGAAUCUACAGGAAUCUAAAUUUCAUCGAAAGAGACUGUUUUGUUGAAUAGGUAACAACUCAUAGCGGGAAAGGCUAUACACGCGUGGUUUAAGAAUUAUGAUGCAGAGAAGGCCCCUUCUUUUUAUCUUCUUUUUUUUUUUUUUUUUUUUUAGAGAUAAACAGAAAAAAGGAUUAAUGAAAUCUUGUACAAUUUUGUACAAUUCGGCAUAGUGUUUUUUUUUUUUUUUUGGAGGAAUUUGAAGGUCUAAACUCCCACACCAGAUCCAUUGCAAUGUAUAUGAUGGAAUACUGAAAUCACUAGGGUUCCUCCAUGUUAAUUGUAUUCAAUGGCGAACGCUGAGCUUGAUGAACAAACUAGCCAGCAUCAUAACAGGGGAUUUUUUUUCUAGAGUGAUACUAACCACACAUCCCUUUUUGGCCGUUUGAACGAAUGUAUUGAAGAUUAUUAAAGAACAAGAAUUAACAGGAGGUGUACGGGAGGUAAAACGUGUGUAAAUAGCAUCACCCUCUUUUUAUUUUCCAAAAUUAUCAUAUGCAUUGUACAAAAACAUGAGCAUAAAAUUUGUA